AUGAACCAGCAUACUUACUGUGGAAGAUUUAUGUUUUUCAGGUUGAAAAUUGGUGUCCUCAUUUACCUUGGAGAGCAAAAAAUCCCUACGAAGAAGCUGAUCAUAAUUCAUUGGCGGAAAUUCGUACGGAUUUUAAUAUUCUCUACAGCAUGAUGAAAAAGCAUGAAGAAUUCCGGUGGAUGAGACUCAGGAUCCGGCGAAUGGCUGAUGCGUGGAUUCAAGCAAUCAAGUCCCUGGCAGAAAAGCAGAAUCUUGAAAAGAGAAAACGGAAGAAAGUCCUCGUUCACCUGGGACUCCUGACCAAGGAAUCUGGAUUUAAGAUCGCGGAGACGGCAUUCAGUGGUGGCCCUCUUGGUGAAUUAGUUCAGUGGAGUGAUUUAAUUACAUCUCUGUACUUACUGGGCCAUGACAUUCGGAUUUCAGCCUCACUGGCUGAGCUCAAGGAAAUUAUGAAGAAGGUAGUGGGGAACCGAUCCGGCUGCCCUACUGUAGGAGACAGAAUCGUCGAGCUCAUUUAUAUUGAUAUUGUAGGACUCGCUCAGUUCAAGAAAACCCUAGGACCAUCCUGGGUUCAUUACCAGUGUAUGCUCCGAGUCCUUGAUUCCUUUGGAACUGAACCAGAGUUUAAUCAUGCGAAUUAUGCCCAGUCUAAAGGCCAUAAGACUCCCUGGGGAAAAUGGAAUCUGAACCCUCAACAGUUUUAUACCAUGUUCCCUCACACCCCAGACAACAGUUUUCUGGGGUUUGUGGUCGAGCAGCACCUGAACUCCAGCGACAUCCACCACAUUAAUGAAAUCAAAAGGCAGAACCAGUCCCUUGUGUAUGGCAAAGUGGAUAGCUUCUGGAAGAAUAGAAAGAUCUACUUGGACAUCAUCCACACGUAUAUGGAAGUGCAUGCAACAGUUUAUGGCUCCAGCACAAAGAAUAUUCCCAGUUACGUGAAAAACCAUGGCAUACUCAGUGGACGGGACCUGCAAUUUCUUCUCCGAGAAACCAAGUUGUUUGUUGGGCUUGGGUUCCCUUAUGAGGGUCCAGCUCCCCUGGAGGCUAUUGCAAAUGGAUGUGCUUUUCUGAAUCCCAAGUUCAACCCACCCAAAAGCAGCAAAAACACAGACUUUUUCAUCGGCAAGCCAACACUGAGAGAGCUGACAUCCCAGCAUCCGUAUGCUGAAGUUUUCAUUGGCCGGCCGCAUGUUUGGACUGUCAAUCUCAACAAUCAGGAAGAAGUCGAGGAUGCAGUGAAAGCGAUUUUGAAUCAGAAGAUUGAGCCAUACAUGCCCUACGAAUUCACAUGUGAGGGGAUGUUGCAGCGAAUCAAUGCAUUCAUCGAAAAACAAGACUUCUGUCACGGGCAGGUGAUGUGGCCGCCCCUCAGUGCCCUACAAGUGAAGCUUGCUGAGCCUGGGCAGUCCUGCAAGCAGGUGUGCCAGGAGAACCAGCUCAUCUGUGAGCCGUCAUUCUUCCAGCACCUUAACAAGGACAAGGACCUACUGAAGUAUGAAGUGAUCUGCCAAAGCUCAGAGCUGGCCAAGGACAUCCUGGAGCCCUCCUAUGACCCCAAGAGCAAGCACUGUGUGUUUCAAGGGGACCUGCUGCUCUUCAGCUGUGCAGGCGCCCACCCCAGGCACCGGAGGAUCUGCCCCUGCCGGGACUUCAUCAAGGGCCAAGUGGCCCUCUGUAAAGACUGCCUAUAGCAGCUGCCAGCUCAGCCCCACAUGCAGUUCGCUGGGGAAGAUGGUGGCUCCACUGGGCAGAGACAGGGGGUCAGAAAUCAUUCAGGGACUCUGGCCGGAGCCUGAACUUUUGUGGUCUAAGGUUUGGAUUUGGGAUUGCUCCCGAGGAGGUUAACACCUCCCCCAGGGAGUUUUCACCAAAACAAACACAAGAGCAUUUGUGAGGCAAGGAGCCUGGCUUCUUGUGGUACAAGGAACAUCCUUCCUAUUUUGUGAGGAGCAGCUGUAGGGAGAUUGUCAAUGCAGGUGCUCCAGGGUGGGGGAAAAAAAAAUCUCGUGAUUCAUUUAAAACAAAAGAGGAGAAAUGAGCUGAUUAGAAAGAACUUUGGGAACA